GGACACUGAGAUUCAGGUUUACCUGCUUACUCUGUUAACUAAGAAAACUGAAUGAUUUAGUGAAAAUGAUGAUGAUUUAUAUUUCUGAUGAAGAGUUUUUGGAGUCCCUGCUGUGGAUGUGAAGAUAAUUUUAUUUUAAACAGAUCGCUGAGAGUUUAAACUGGAUUAUUUUGAAUUACUUUGAAGAAGGAUUUUAACGUGAAGCUCAGAAAAUGGCAUCUAAAUCUUUUUGUGAGGAGGAUUUGUCUUGUCCUGUGUGCUGUGAUAUUUUUAAAAAUCCUGUUGUGUUGUCUUGUAGUCACAGUAUCUGUAAAGACUGUAUUCAGAGAUUCUGGGAAAGUAAAGGAUCUAAAGAUUGUCCAGUUUGCAGAAGAUCUUCAAGGGAUGAACCUCCAUUGAAUUUGGUUUUAAAGGACCUGUGUGAGACUUUCUUAAAGGAAAGAAGUCAGAGAUCUUCACCAGUUUGUCAUCUUCACAAUGAGAAACUCAAACUGUUCUGUCUGGAUGAUCAUCAGCCGGUGUGUUUGGUGUGUCAAGACUCCAGAACUCACAACAACCACAAAUUCUGUCCUGUCGAUGAAGCUGUCAUUGAUAAUAAGGAGAAACUCAAAACUGAAUUAAAAUCCUUACAGGAGAAACUGAGAAUAUUUAAGAAGAAUAAACAGAAUUUGGAUAAAACUGCAGAACAUAUAAAGAUUCAGGCUGAACGCACAGAGAAGCAGAUUCAUGAAGAGUUUGAGAAACUUCACCAACUUCUACAUGAUGAAGAAUCAGUCAGAAUAACAGCACUGAGAGAGGAAGAGGAGCAGAAGAGUCAGAUGAUGAAGGAGAAGAUUGAGAAGAUGAGCAGUGAGAUUUCAUCUCUUUCACACACAAUCAGAGUCAUAGAGAAGCAGAUGACAGCUGAAGAUGUUUCAUUCCUACAGGACUUUAAGAGCACAAUGGAGAGAGUUCAGUGUAGAACGUCAGAUCCAGAGGACAUCUCAGGAAUGAUGAUCAAUGUAGCAAAACAUCUCAGCAACCUGAAGUUUACUGUCAUACACAAGAUGAAGGAGAAAGUUGAAUACAUUCCAGUGACUUUGGACCCAAACACUGCUCACUAUAAACUAUUUCUGUCUGAUGAUCUGACCAGUGUGAGAAUCAGUGAAGAUCCAGUGAUGCUUCCUGAUAUUCCAGAGAGGUUUAAUGCAUCUGUAUCUGUUUUGGGUGCAGAGAGCUUUAACUCAGGAAUUCACUGCUGGGAUGUUCAGGUUGGAGACAACACGUACUGGGCUCUGGGUGUGAUGACAGAAUCUGCAGAGAGAAAGAAGACCAUAUUCUCCAGGAGUGGAGUCUGGUAUGUGAGGUAUUUCUCUGGUAAAUACGGUGCAGUCAUUACACCACUAGAAACAGCUCUUCGUCUCCCAGUGAAAGUGAAACUCGAGAGAAUCAGAGUUGAGUUGGAUUAUGAGAGAGGAAAACUGUCAUUCUCUGAUCCUCUCACUAACACACACAUACACACUUUCACACACACAUUUACUGAAAGAGUUUAUCCAUGGUUCUGGGUUAAGUGUAUUAUUUCUUCUCUGGUGAUCUUACCGGUAAAAUCCUCUGAAAAACUCAGGGAUUUAAUUUGAGAUUGAUUUAGUUUAUAAAACAGCUUGAGUUAUCUUAGAGGGGCCAUGAAUUUGUCAAUUUUAUUGUUUUAUACUGUUGUAUGAGGUCUACUUAUGAUGUUUGUGUUGUUUUUACAUUCAAAAACAUCAAAAGCAAUAAGUAAUAGGAUAUUUUGUAGCAUGGAUUAGUGGCUCUCUGAAAGGGGGGGCCGCAUUGAAGACCUGGAUGCAAACACCCACUGCUAUGAUUGGACAGCUUCAUUCCCCGUCUUUACAUGUGGGAAAAUGUUUUAAAAACAUUAAUGUGUAAAAAUAGCAGCCUAACACAUAUAUGUUUGAGCCACAAAAGAUUCUGGGUGCUAAAGAUGAUACACAUAAAUGGCAAAAAGUAUCGUAAAGUAGAAACAAAACUUUAAACUCGACACAACUAAAUUACCGUAUACAACACAGUAAGCGUGCAUCAAAAUCUAAAUCGUGGCUGAUACGUCAUAC